CGUGACGUCACAUACACAGUUUGUUUUCUUUAGUUCAUGAAUCAUUCACAAAGAAAAGAAAAUUAUUGUAAAUAGAAUUCAGUAAAAAGAGCUACAGGUGACAGAAUGUUCUCCAGCGGUCCCAACUAUAACAAGCUUAAGACAAAUCUGCGCUUGGCGCAGAAUCGUCUCAAGUUGCUGGAAAAGAAGAAGGCAGAGAUUACACAGAAAUCGAGGAAGGAGAUUGCCGAUUAUCUCGCCACAGGAAAAACUGAACGGGCUCGAAUCCGGGUGGAGCAUAUUAUACGUGAGGAUUAUUUGGUGGAGGCCAUGGAAAUUGUGGAGAUGUACUGUGAUCUUCUCCUGGCACGCUUUGGACUCAUUCAGCAGAUGAAGGAACUGGACGCUGGCAUAGCCGAACCCGUGUCCAGUCUCGUGUGGGUCUGUCCCCGUCUGCAGAGCGACGUGGCCGAGCUGAAAGUCAUCUCCGACAUUUUUGUGCACAAGUAUGGUCCACAGUUCGGGGAACACUCCCGGACUGCAACCGGAGAGCAUUACGUGUCGGAGAAGCUGAUGCACAAGCUGACAUUGCAGGCACCGCCCAAGCUGCUUGUGGAGAACUAUUUGAUAGCGAUUGCCAAGAACUACAACAUCGAAUUCGAGCCGGAUCCACAGGUGAUGCAGGAGGAGCAGAAGCCCGAUCCGCAGGCUCAUCUCAUUGAUUUGUCAGACCGCAAUAAUCUCAGUGGAGGUGGUGCUGCAGGUCCACCACAAAUGGGUUUCAUUGGCUAUCCGCCAAUGCCGCAAUUACCGGAAAUGCCAGCUCCUCCUAACAGCAAGCCAUUUAAUUAUCCACCCUUUGGUGGAGGUGGUGGUGGUGGUGGAGGCGGAGCAGCCGCCUGUGCCGCUCCAGCUGCAGCACAGCCGCCGCCGCCGUUCGCCUACAACAUACCGCCCAAUCAGCCGACUCCGGCGCAGAGCAAGUGCGCCGAGGAGAAGGAUUUGAAUACGAACUUUAUUAAUCACGAAACUAAAGGCAGUCCCGAGCAGUCGGAUGGCUCUGGCAGUCCGGAUGAAAACAUUUUGCGCCCCCAACCGCACGAUCCGCCGCCACGUUACUCCUCGAUUAAUCCUGUCAACUUGCAGAAUGCCAACAAACCGAAACCACAACCACGUUCCAAGCUGCCGCCUGGUGGACCCGAGCAACCCAGUGCACCGCCACCAUUGGAUUUACCCUCGUUGCCCAAUGUGCCCAACGAUCUGCCGGAUGUGCCCGUCAGUGGCAAGCGUGAGGACGAUGAUGAAAUAGAUUUCGAUGAGCUAUCGCGUCGUUUUGAGAACCUGAAGAAGCGCAAAUGAAGCAACCUCCACCAGGAUCGACCAUUUAUUCUUUAAAUCUUUAUGUUCACAUUAAUAUCCAAUUAUGAUUUAUAUAAAAAUGUAAUCACAUCUAAAACAA